AUGAAGGCACAAAAUCAAAGUGAGCUGACAGAAUUCAUCAUCCUUGGCUUUAAAAAUAUCCAAGAGGGACAUUUCUUACUCUUUAGUGGGUUUUUAAUCACCUAUAUAUUCACUGUAAUGUGGAAUACUUUUAUUAUUAUCUUAGCCAUGGUGGACCAGAGGCUUAGAACUCCCAUGUAUUUCUUCCUUGGCAACCUCUCCUUUCUUGACAUCUGCUACACAACCACCACAAUCCCCCAAAUGCUGGCACAUCUCCUCUCAGAGAAAAGUAGCAUCUCCUAUAUGCGCUGUGCGCUCCAGCUCUAUUUUUUCUUCUCCUUUGUGGGUACGGAAUGCCUUCUUCUGGCAGUGAUGGCAUUUGACCGCUACGUUGCCAUAUGCAACCCUUUGCGCUACUCUUUGAUUGUCAGCAGAAAUAUUUGCCUUCAGCUAGUCAUAGCCUGCUGGGUUGGUGGUUUCCUCAAUUCUACAGUGCACACUGUCUUUGCCUUCCAACUUCCCUUCUGUGGGGACAAUCACAUUGAUGCUUUCUACUGUGACAUUCCACCUUUGCUGAAGCUGUCAUGUGGGGACAUUUCUCUCAAUCAAAUGCUGUUGCUAUUCAUUGGCUUAUUCAUAGCAUGGACACCACUUUUCUGUAUAAUUGUUUCUUAUGUUUACAUCAUUUCAUCUGUUUUGAAGAUGUGUUCCACAGAAGGAAGACAAAAGGCUUUCUCUACCUGCUCCUCUCAUCUCACUGUGGUUCUUCUGUAUUAUGGUAGUUGCAUUUUCACUUAUUUGAGACCCAUUCCCACUGGGUCAUCAGUAAAUGCCAAACUCAUCCCUCUCAUGUAUAGCAUUCUGACCCCAUUGCUAAAUCCUAUUAUAUAUACUUUGCGCAACAAGGAUGUAAAGAAAGCCUGGCAAAGUUUACUUGGAAUAAUUUGAACAUUCAGAAUAA